CUCAUCUCAUCCUAGCUACCUCCUCGUUUGAUCGAUCGAUUUCUGAAGCUUAGCUAGCCAACGAGGUAGCGAUCGAUGGCACGGGGCGCCGCGGUGGUUGCUGCGGCGGCUGCCCUGUUGGUGGUGGUGUGCGCCGCCGCGCAGGCGCCGUCGUCGCCGAGGCUGCCAAGCAACUACCACGUCAUCAACCCCGGCAGGUUCGGCAAGAGGGACCAGCAGCUCUCCUGCACCGACUCCAAUGGCAACAAGGCCGUCUGCAUGGCCAAGUGCGACAAGCGCUGCCCCAACCAGUGCAUCGUCAUGUGUCCCGGCUGCAAGACCUUCUGCAUGUGCGACUUCUACCCCGGCGUGUCGUGCGGCGACCCGCGGUUCACCGGCGGCGACGGCAACAACUUCUACUUUCACGGCAAGAAGGACCACGACUUCUGCAUCGUCUCCGACGCCGACCUCCACAUCAACGCCCACUUCAUCGGCAAGCGCAACCCCACCAUGAGCCGCGACUUCACCUGGAUCCAGGCCCUCGGCAUCCGCUUCGCCGACCACCGCCUCUACAUGGGCGCCCUUAAGACCGCCAAGUGGAACAGCGACGACGACCGCCUCGAGCUCGCCUUCGACGGCGCGCCCGUCGACGUCCCCGCCGAGCUCGGCGCGCGCUGGGAGUCCGCCGCCGUUCCAGGCCUCACCGUCACCAGGACCGCCGCCACCAACGCCGUCAGGGUGCAGCUCGCCGGCGUGCUCGACAUCAUGGCCAACGUGGUGCCCAUCACCGAGCAGGACUCCCGCAUCCACAACUACGGCGUCACCGAGGAGGACAGCCUCGCCCACCUCGACCUCGGCUUCAAGUUCUACGACCUCUCCGACGAUGUCCAUGGCGUCCUCGGCCAGACCUACCGCUCCGACUACGUCAACAAUCUCAGCGUCAGCGCCAGCAUGCCGGUGAUGGGCGGCGCUCCCAGCUACGUCGUCUCUGACAUCUUCUCCACCGACUGCGCCGUCGCCAGGUUCGGCCGCCGCGCCGGCAUCUCCAUGGUCACUGGCAGGGCCAACUAAGCUUGCUUCAACGACCUUCAUCGCUGGGAGCUCUGAUCUAUUAAUUUCUUAAACAGCAAUAGAGCUAAACACCGGAAUAAGUUAAUUUGUUUUUAAGUUCAGGGGCUACACAUAUACAGAUCACCAACGUGAUAUGUUAUUUGAUAUCUGAGAGCACACAAAUUUUAUGCAAUUUUAUGUUAAAGAUGAAAUAACACACAAUUAUACUGGAGCAUAUGUUCACUA